UAAAAAAAAACAACGAUGUCUUGCUACCGUGGAAAAUACGCUGAUGAGCUCAUUGCCAACGCUGCAUACAUUGGCACCCCAGGCAAGGGUAUCCUUGCUGCCGAUGAAUCCACCGGCACCAUUGGAAAGCGUCUAGCGAGCAUCAAUGUUGAGAACGUUGAGGAGAACCGCCGUGCUCUCCGUGAGCUCCUCUUCUGUACUCCAGGCGCCCUCCAGUAUCUGAGCGGUGUCAUCCUCUUCGAAGAAACCCUCUACCAAAAAACCGCUGAUGGUAAGCCUUUCGUCGACGUCCUCAAGGCAGGAGGAGUCCUCCCUGGAAUCAAGGUCGACAAGGGCACCAUCGAGCUCGCCGGUACCAACGGCGAGACCACCACCCAAGGCCACGACGACCUUGGCAAGCGUUGUGCUAAGUACUAUGAAGCUGGUGCACGCUUUGCAAAGUGGCGUGCAGUCCUCAAGAUUAGCGCUAAUGAGCCCUCUCAGCUUGCUAUCGAUGUCAAUGCCCAAGGAUUGGCACGAUACGCUAUAAUCUGCCAAGAGAACGGGCUAGUCCCCAUCGUCGAGCCAGAGAUCCUUGUUGACGGAUCUCAUGAUAUCAACAAGUGCGCAGAUGUCACCGAGAGAGUCCUUGCAGCUUGCUACAAGGCUCUCAAUGACCACAAGGUUCUCUUAGAAGGGACUUUACUGAAACCAAACAUGGUGACUCCUGGUUCAGACGCAGCCAAGGUGAAGCCAGAGGUGGUGGCCGAGUACACAGUGAGGGCUCUUCUAAGGACAAUGCCUUCUGCUGUCCCUGCCGUCGUCUUCCUCUCUGGAGGUCAGAGUGAGGAGGAGGCCACGUUGAACUUGAACGCCAUGAACCAGCUCAAGGGGAAGAAGCCAUGGUCAUUGUCCUUCUCUUUUGGCCGAGCUCUGCAGCAGAGCACGCUCAAGACCUGGGCAGGGAAGAAGGAGAAUGUCGAGAAAGCUAGGGCAGCUUUCCUCGCGAGGUGUAAGGCGAACUCCGAGGCGACUCUCGGGACUUACAAGGGCGACGCUGCUAAGGUCGAAGGAGCGUCAGAGAGCCUCCACGUGAAGGACUACAAGUACUAGGGCGAGGUUUUUUGAUCUUUUGGUGAGGAUGGUGUUUUGAGAUAAAAGAGGGAUGCGAGGAGAUCCCCCAGUAUUAGGGUUUAGUUUUUGAUGUGUCAAUAAGUUUGGAAGCUUAUAAUUUCCCCCCCUCCAGGAUGCUGUUGUAGGCUUGGUUUAUUUGCUUUUUUUUUUAUGUUUGAACUUGGAGAAUACCUUGCUAUGAAAAUGGCACUGUUGUUUGGUAUGACAAAGUAUUUUGCUUGUGUGAUUGUUUCAUA